AUGGUCAAACAUGCACGCGAUGCGGCGGCGGUGCCAGGGCAGUCCAAGGCAAAGAAAGGCAAGUCCGCGUUGAAGCAGCAGGACAUAGGCACUGCCUUCAAGUUCAAAAGCUAUGUCAACUUGUUUGGUGGUAUUUCGUCUGAACACAGAGAGUUGCUGAUCCAAGAUUGCAAAUCAUGCUUCUCGUGUCGGGAAGUUGAGGACGGCGACAACUACAGCCUCGGGUCGACGUUCUUCAUCAAGGCGAACGAAGCGUCCGUGUGCGGCAUGGAGGUGUUGGCCAAGAAGAUCUUUGAUUUGCACACGCAGGGCAUGACGUACGACCCGGCGACGUCGGGCGCCGAGUGGUGGACGCAGCACAUUGACCACCGCGACAAUAUUGGGUUCCACUGGGACCGCGACUACGGCAAAGAGGAGGACGACCAAGUGCAUGUGCAUCCCUUCCUUGGCUCCGUCACGUACCUGUGUGUGAAUGCAGGGCCGACGGUGAUACUCGACAAGCGUGGCACGUUCCAGUAUGGCGCCGACAUCAGCGGACCCCUUCGUCAGUGCAUUGUAAGCCGACCAACACCGGGUAAACACAUAACGUUUGACGGCGAGCUUUUGCAUGGCGCGCCGUCCGACUUGGCCUUCCCCCAUGUGAACGAGGACGACGACACCAGUGUCCGCGUAACAUUUCUGGUGAACAUUUGGCUCAACCACGUCCCGAUUCAGUCGCAACGGCUAGAGCCAACCGUGGCGUCCACGUUGAAACUCGAAGCCAAACAUGUCGAGUCGCUGGCCCUGAUCACAACCGACGCCGAGCCAACGCCCGACGUCGAAGUGUACGAUGCCAAGAGCGUCAAGCACGUGACCCAUCGAUUUGCCAUCAACAGCGGCGGCGACGACUACAUCAUUCAAUUGACAUUGCCGGAACAGCUCAAAGGCUGCGCAACGGAAACGACCGUGGAUUGUGUGCACUUGCACAAGGACUCGGCCAUUGUCGCUGGAGAGUUGACAGAGUCGUCUGACGACGAGGAGGAUGACGAGGAUGAUGAGGAGGACGAGUAGAUGUUUGCUCAAUACAACAUCGUGGUGUUGGUGUAUGUAUGUAUAUAGAGACCAGUCUGAUUGGCAACUCGAAAGAUAUUGUAAUUAUGCCGACGGCCACCCCUGA